CUUUGGAUGAGCCUUCCGCAGCCUGCUAAUUAUGAGUUUGAAGACAAAGAGUUGAAUGAAACUGUCUCGUCUGGCAUUUCUUGUGAUCGUCUUCGUCAGGCUCUGAAGAAGUGCAUAAAGCAAUCGCACUGUGUUCAGGUUCAAGCAAGAUCUGCGAAGGAGUGCAUUGACGCACACGACGGUAGUGUACCGGAGAAGUGUUUCUUACUACUUCAGAACUUCACCGAUUGCAAAAGGUCCCUGGUUGAUAUGAGAAGUCGUUUUCGUGGACGAAAAGGAGAUUUGUGA